GCUGGGGUAGUCGCCGCCAUGCGACUCUUCUGACUUCUGGCUCUGCAAGAUAGUCAGCACGAAUGGACAGGAACAGCCACAGCCACAGACUUAGGCCGAUCGAUCGAUCGAGUGAGGGUGCAUGCGUUGUGAUUGCAUGCCAUGGCCGCCUUGUCCAUCGAAGAUCUCGCGUCCAUCGACGAACACGCGAUGAGCCGGCCGAGGUGCGGAGCGGAGUUGCUGGUUGGCGUUGGCGUUGGCGUUGGCGUUGGCGUUGGCAGGGAGCUUGUUCAUGUUCACCAAGCAAGCACGCACGUUUGCUGGGCUCACGUCGACAUCAUAAGGAUCUGCUGUGCACCAUCCCUCCUCACUUUCACCACCCACCAUCCAUGCCUGCGCUGGAAGUCGUUCGGGCGCCUUUAGCAUUCAGCAUACCCACACAACAGCUAGACUUCUAUCAUGACGCUCUCCAAGCACGUCAACGUCGAGGCACUGCUGCAAGCUGCGGAGGAUCAUCCUCACCUCGGUCUGCUCUCAGACACUGGCAGAAGCUCGAGGGCUUUCCACAACCUGCACUAUGGCAGGUAUCAAUCCCAUCCCAUUCCCAAGUACAAGCUGCCCGAGUCCGGCAUCGAUGGCUCAGCAGCUUACAACAUCAUCAAGGAUGAGCUCAGUCUGGAUGGAAAGCCCACGCUGAACCUGGCAUCGUUCGUGCACACUACCAUGGACGAGCAUGCCACUCGUCUCAUGAGCGAGAAUGUCGGCGUCAAUCUGUGCGACCAAGACGAGUAUCCCGCUACCAUGGCCAUUCAUGGACGCUGCAUCAGCAUGCUGGCAGACCUCUGGCACGCACCUCACGAGACUGAUGCAGAGGGCAAACGCAAAUCCGCACAGGGAGUAGCAACGACUGGAUCUUCCGAAGCGAUCAUGCUGGGAGUGCUUGCCAUGAAGAAGGUAUGGCAAGCCAAGCGCAAAGCUCAGGGCAAGAGCUUCAAAGAGCCAGGACCCAAUCUCGUGUACGGAGCCAAUGCUCAAGUCGCCAUCGAAAAGGCUUCGAGGUACUUUGACAUUGAAGAGAGGCUCGUACCUACCAGCAAGGAGAGCCACUACCGCAUGGAUCCCACCAAGGCCAUUAACAUGGUCGAUGAGAAUACGAUUGGUGUGAUUGUUAUCCUCGGAAGCACCUACACUGGUGCUUACGAGCCCGUCGAUGAGAUGAGCAAGCUGCUGGACGAGUACGAGAGCAAGACGGGCAUUCAUAUCCCCAUCCACGUCGACGCAGCCUCCGGUGGCUUCGUCGCUCCUUUCGCUCAUCCUUCGCUCAAGUGGGACUUUAGCCUGCCCAGAGUCGUCUCCAUCAACACCUCUGGGCACAAGUUUGGCGGAGCAUACCCAGGUAUUGGAUGGAUCGUUCUGCGAAACGAAGAGGUGCUGCCAAAGGAGUUGGUCUUUGAGCUGCACUACCUGGGAAGCGUGGAAUACAGUUUCGGUCUCAACUUUUCUCGCCCUGCCGCACCCGUCAUUGCGCAGUACUACAACCUGAUUCAGCGCGGAUUCGAAGGCUACAGGCUCGUGAUGGAGCAAGAUCUUCGCAAUGCUCGUUUGCUCUCUCGAGCGCUCGAGAACAGCUCUUACUACGAUGUCCUCUCCGACAUUCACAAGCCUGCAGGCGCGGUCGCUGGCGUGGCCAGCAAGGUCAGAAGAGCGGCUGGGGGUGAUGACAGCGCGGAGAAUUACGUCCCCGGCUUGCCAGUUGUUGCGUUCAAAUGGACGCAAGAGUUCCAGCAGCAGAACCCGCACCUGGAGCAACGAUGGAUGCAAACGCUUCUUCGUGCCAAGGGCUGGAUCGUGCCGAACUACGAGCUCGCGCCAGACUGUCAGUCGAUUCAGAUCCUGCGUGUCGUGGUUCGCAGCAACUUGUCCGAAGACAUGAUCGACCAAUUGAUCACCGACAUUAUGUCCAUCACGGAGGACCUGGUCGACACCAGCUCGGCUUCUGCACAUCUCGCCAGUGUGAUGAGCAAGCAGCAGCCUCCCCUGCAAUCUCAAGCUUCGGGCAACAACCCUCCAGCUGCCGCCGCUGCAGCCGCUGCUCAUGGCCACAAGCAUCAUCAUAAGCACAAGAAUGUCAGAAAGGAACCUCAUAACCUUCCUGCUGGAAGUGGCAACGUGCCUACCGGCUACGCCAAACAGUGCUAAGGGCAAACAUUUCGAGGAUUCGAUCUCGCGCCCGAUGAUGAUGAAAUAGUGUACGAACGAAGAUCGCAAUCGCAUGCAUGCCUCGAACCGUCGUGAAUGUGCUGACCAGUAUGAUCGCCCGAGCACGUGGUCAGGAUCCUGGGGGUGCCAAGUCGAAUAGCAAGCCGACCUUCGCCGCCCUCACAUAAAAGACAAGCGCACAGUGAGCACAAAGCAGCGAGUAUUGCAAGGAGUCGUAGAGUAAGGGAAUCCACUCGAUGUGUCCCCAGUUGCUAAAGGCCU